AAUUAAGUUGUACAAACAUUUAAGCUUACUCCGCUACUGAGAAUUGUGUUAGUGGUGAACCACUUUAUCUAUACACUCUGAAUCCAUGGCUUUAUUCUUCUCUACAACUCCACUUCCAUCCACUAACCUCACUUCCAAACUACCCUUCUUCAACUACUCGCCACAAUUUCAUUCAUUUCGCCAUUUCACAGAUACUACUAAACGCUUUCACAAAGUUUCUUCCUUUAUUGCUUUUGCCCUCAAUGGUAACCCCACUCAGAGAAAACCCACGUUCAGAAGAGAUGGUAGAAACCCACUUUUGAGUGAAGGGAGAGAUGAAGAUGAAGCCCUUGGACCCAUUUGCCCUGGUUGUGGAAUUUUUAUGCAAGAUAAAGAUUCAAACCUUCCUGGGUUUUUUCAACAAAAGGAGGUGAAAAUUGAUAUUUUUGAAGAAGAGGAUUAUGGGUUUGAUGAUGAUGAUGAAGUGGGGUUUUUGGGUGGUAGUGAAAAUAAGAUUGAGGGUAAUGGGUCAAUUGAUGAUGAGUUGGAAGCUAUGUUACUUGGUGAAGAUGAUGAUGAUAAGGUUGAUUUGGAUGGGUUUACACCUGCAGGGGUUGGGUAUGGUAAUGUUACUGAGGAGGUUUUGGAGAGAGCAAAGAAGAAGAAAGUGUCAAAGGCUGAGAAGAAGAGAAUGGUUAGGGAAACUGAGAAGGUGAAAGAAGAGGUUACUGUUUGUGCUAGGUGUCAUUCCUUGAGAAAUUAUGGACAGGUGAAAAAUCAGAAUGCUGAGAAUUUGAUACCUGAUUUCGAUUUUGAUAGGUUGAUCUCUACUAGGUUGAUGAACCCUGCUGGUAGUGGUAGUGCUACUGUUGUUGUUAUGGUUGUGGAUUGUGUUGAUUUUGAUGGUUUUUUCCCUAGAACAGCUGUGAAAUCGUUGUUUAAGGCGUUGGAAGGUAUACAGGAGAAUUCCAAGAAGGGUAAAAAACUGCCGAAGCUUGUCCUUGUGGCUACUAAGGUUGAUCUCCUUCCAUCUCAGGUUUCGCCUACAAGGUUAGAUAGAUGGGUUCGACACCGUGCAAGUGCAGGAGGAGCGCCUAAGUUAAGUGCGGUUUAUUUGGUCAGUUCUCGAAAGGAUUUAGGUGUGAGGAAUGUGUUGUCGUUUGUAAAGAAUCUGGCUGGUCCUCGUGGGAAUGUGUGGGUUAUUGGGGCUCAAAACGCUGGGAAGUCUACACUAAUCAAUGCAUUGGCAAAGAAAGAAGGAGCCAGAGUUAUGAAACUCACGGAAGCUCCAGUUCCUGGGACAACGCUUGGGAUAUUGAGAAUUGGAGGGAUUUUGUCGGCUAAGGCUAAGAUGUUUGAUACUCCGGGGCUCUUGCAUCCGUAUUUAAUGUCAAUGAGAUUGAAUCGGGAGGAACAAAAGAUGGUUGAGAUACGGAAGGAACUUCGACCUCGGUCGUAUAGAAUUAAGGCAGGACAAGCUGUACAUGUCGGUGGCUUGGCGAGACUUGACCUCAUCGAAGUCUCUGUUGAAACAAUGUAUGUCACAGUUUGGGCAUCACCAAAUGUUUCUCUACACAUGGGAAAAAUAGAAAAUGCUAAUGAGAUUUGGAAUAAUCAUGUUGGCGUCAGGCUGCAGCCUCCGAUCGGUAAUGAGCGCACAGCUGAACUAGGUACAUGGCAAGAAAGGGAAGUAAAAGUAUCUGGAACUAGCUGGGAUGUGAACAGCAUUGACAUAGCAAUAGCUGGUUUAGGUUGGUUCUCUAUAGGUCUUCAAGGUGAAGCAACCAUGAAAUUAUGGAUCUAUGAUGGAGUUGAAAUAACUUUGAGAGAACCAUUGGUACUCGACCGGGCCCCAUCCCUUGAAAAACCAGGUUUUUGGUUACCAAAAGCUAUAUCUGAAGCUAUUGGCAACCAAACUAAACUUGAAGCUCAAAAAAGGAAAAAACUUGAAGAUGAGGACAUAGAAUAUGUAGGGGCAGAGAUAUCUGCAUGAAAAAGAAUUGAAUUGGUUUGCGUAUGGCUUUCAUUGAGAAGGAAGGAUAGUGGAAGCUAUAACUGAACUAACUUGUUGCAAAAGUAAUAACAUGUUUGCAAUUAGAAGCAUUUUUGUCCACCAAGUUGGUGUGAAUGUCAUUGCACCUGCCAACAUAUAUAGAAAGAGAAUAGAGAUUAGUACACUCCUUGCUGUUUAAGUGUCACAGUUGGUGAUUGUAUGCAGUUUUCAGAUGAGUCGUAACUCAUAAGUUGUGUGUCUUCCAUGUACAGAUAAGUAAGGCAUACAUUUUAGGAGGUAGUGUCAAACUCUUCCUUUUCGUUUUUAUUUUUGGUUUUUGAGGAAAUUCUUAUUUGUACGUCAUUUUUAAAUUUUAAAACUACGUUAGCUAUUUAUUUUUGUCUAUUAUACUUUUAA